AUGCGGCCACCGCGCCUUUUACUUCUCCUAUUCUGCUUCAUCUUCCUCCCGAUCCUCCUUACCUUCCUCUCUCUUCUCACCGCAGAACCUCAUCGUGGCGCCGAUGCCAACGCUCCUCUCGCUGGUCGAACGAGCCGGUUGCGCGCCCUCUUCUCUUUCAACGCUCCUGCCUCUCUUUUCCCCCCAUCCGCCAUCAUCAGUCUGACCGAUGACAACUCCACCUUCUUCUUGGCCAGACCUGCAGCGUUUGGCCCGUUGUUACCAGCCAAGGGACUCAGCGGCCAGCUUUGGGUAGGAAGCGGGUUUGGCGAUGACACCCUCCGGAACGGAGGCGCUACCGCUGGCUCUGCGGGAGAGCUCGGUUGCUCGGAUGUCCCAGGCUGGGGAGAGAAAGAUGGCCAGCUGAAGCAAGACAAGGCGGCAAAGGAAACGGAAAAGAAGAAAUCCAAUUCUCAAUCUGCCACCGACCCUUCCAGUGACGACGGCCCCUCGCUCAGCCGCAGGAACGACCCUGCCACCGAGUCAGCUGGGCCUAAAGAUGGCAGCCUUGAGAAUCCCCCAUCUGCUGAUGACGGGACGGACGACCAUUUGCACCACCCUCUCACGGGGUCAAGCUUUCCUGGCCCUAGCAAUUCCGACGGUUCGGGCGAGAAGGGUCAACCUGCAACACACGCGGAUAUCCAGUCUCUGCAAGAAAGUGCGGAGAUCGCGGGCAAGGUUGUAUUGCUGAGCAGAGGCGGGUGUGGCUUUUUAGAGAAGGCCAAAUGGGUCCAGCGACGCGGCGGAGUGGCCCUGAUCGUUGGCGAUGACACGAAGGGAGGGAGUCUGGUUACGAUAUUGGUUAUGGUGAAAGCAUUGGCAAGAGCCCCUCGAACAAAGGCAAACAGGGAGUCCGGUUCGAGUCCUACGACCAAGGCCACCUCCACUCCGACAUCUCACCGCACUUCCAAACAAGAUGGGGCUCUGGGUGAAACCUCUGGUGGUAGAGGUUCCGGAUUUCUACAUACCCUAUUGUCUUUUGUUGGGCUGGGGAGUGACAAUGGGUACCCCUGGCACCUACCUGAGGAUAGCCGCCGGCCACCAAGCAGUGGCAGCAUCGACUGGGUUUUGGUUGACGACUGGGAUGAGGAUGAAACUUCCGGCAAAGUUAAGGCAUCAGCUGACACCAAGGAUGGAAGCAAAAAGGGCCGUCCCCAGCUGAACGGGCCGAAGAAAUCAGGGAACAAGCCAUCUAACUUCGAUGGAGACGGCUUUGAGAUUGGAGUGCAAGACUGGCGGGAUCCGGAUCUUGUACCUCCAAAGAGUUCUUCACUGCCGAAGCCUAGCUCUGGUCCCGGAAAGGCGGAUUCCAAAACCCAGGGGGAUAACAGUCGCGACGGAGACAAGAAGACGCAGUCCAGCUCUCGCCUCAAGGGUGGCAGCAUCACCCCCGGGAGCGGUGAAUACGUGCGUCCUGACAAGUCCACUGACCUCAGCAAAAGCGACAAUCAAGGUCCGAGCAAUGCAGCGGCUAAUCCAAAGUUUGGGAGCUCGCAGGUGGAAGAAGAGAGCUGGUUUUCUAGACACUUCCACUGGGCUCAGAAUAGCGAUUCUGAAUCUGAAAGAUCUGCCACAACGCCAGGCAGCCGGCAAGGUAGCAAAGGUGGAAAGAUCUCCCAGAUUUCUAGCUCUGCCGAGCAAUCACCUGGAGAAGGAGACCCAGAUUUUGAAGGACAUGAGGGUCUCUGGGUCACGUUGACGCCGACCAGCAUGUCGACCAGUCCGUUCUUUGACACACUGCUCGUAUUGGUAGUGAGUCCAUUGAUCACGCUGACAGUUGUUUACGGACUGCUACUUCUCCGGUCUCGUAUCCGCCGACGACGAUGGCGGGCGCCGAAAUCGGUCGUUGAUCGACUUCCCGUGAGGACCUAUCACACCAUUCCAUCCCAGUCGUCGACAGCAUCGAGCACUCCUCGGUCACCAAGUCCCGGUGCUACUUCCACAUCACCAUUGCUUGGUUCCAGAUCCCAGAGCGCCUCCGGGCGGGCUCGGCCGCGCUCUCAGACUAUCUCAGGAGCUGUGAACUCGACGGAGGUGACGAGGGAAGCUACGUCUUCUACCGGAGAGAAGCAAGGCUCUGGCUCUAGUUUGUGGCGGCGCAAGUAUACUGGGAGACAAGUCGAGUGUGUUGUCUGCCUGGAAGAGUACAUUGAUGGACAGAGCAGAGUGAUGAGCCUCCCGUGUGGCCACGAGUUUCACGCAGAGUGCAUCACUCCCUGGUUGACGACGCGUCGACGGACUUGCCCGAUAUGCAAAGGAGACGUUGUGCGAUCCCUGUCUCAGAGAGACUCGGGCGCCAUGGACUCCCGCGCCCAAAACGAACAGACUGCGGACGACACGCAGUCCCGCGGUUUUGAUGGUCGCAGUGACUCACAUUCUGCUGCCGUUCCGAUAACGGGGGGCUUGGGAGAUGACUCGAGUCUGGAACACGGCGAAGGCCCAGGUUCUCCUCUCCUUUCUGGCAAUGCUUCCGCGCCGCAAUCGAGCUGGCGGAACUUUGCAUCCCUGAGCUUCUCUGCCCUCAGCGGUGAUACAAUCUGGCAUCAAGCUCGUACCGAUAGGAACCGAUAG